AUGGAAUAUGGCGUGCUCUGCGAGCACGUAGAGCCUGACGUAGAGCACGUAGAGCCUGACGUAGAGCACAUAGAGCCUGACAUAGAGCACGUAGAACCUGACAUAGAGCACCUAGAGCCUGACGUAGAGCACCUAGAGCCUGACAUAGAGCACGUAGAGCCUGACAUAGAGCAUGUAGAGCCUGACAUAGAGCACGUAGAGCCUGACGUAGAGCACGUAGAGCCUGACAUAGAGCACAUAGAGCCUGACGUAGAGCCUGACAUAGAGCACAUAGAGCCUGACGUAGAGCAUGUAGAGCCUGACGUAGAGCACGUAGAGCCUGACAUAGAGCACGUAGAGCCUGACAUAGAGCACGUAGAGCCUGACGUAGAGCACGUAGAGCCUGACAUAGAGCACCUAGAGCCUGACAUAGAGAACAUAGAGCCUGACGUAGAGCACCUAGAGCCUGACAUAGAGCCUGACAUAGAGCCUGACGUAGAGCACGUAGAGCCUGACGUAGAGCACGUAGAGCCUGACAUAGAGCAUGUAGAGCCUGACAUAGAGCCUGACAUAGAGCACGUAGAGCCUGACGUAGAGCACGUAGAGCCUGACAUAGAGCCUGACAUAGAGCACAUAGAGCCUGACGUAGAGCACCUAGAGCCUGACAUAGAGCACGUAGAGCACCAAGAGCCUGACAUAGAGCCUGACAUAGAGCACGUAGAGCCUGACGUAGAGCACCUAGAGCCUGACAUAGAGCACGUAGAGCACCUAGAGCCUGACAUAGAGCACGUAGAGCCUGACGUAGAGCACCUAGAGCCUGACGUAGAGCACCUAGAGCCUGACAUAGAGCACGUAGAGCACCUAGAGCCUGACAUAGAGCACCUAGAGCCUGACAUAGAGCGCGUAGAGCCUGACAGUCGCAGUGCUGCUAACUCGCUCCACACGCCGCAGAGUCGCAGUGCUGCUAACUCGCUCCACACGUUGCAAAGUCGCAGUGCUGCUAACUCCCUUCACACAUGGCUGAGUCGCAGUGCUGCUAACUCCCUUCACACAUCGCAGAGUCGCAGUGCUGCUAACUCCCUUCACACGUCGCAGAGUCGCAGUGCUGCUAACUCGCUCCACACGUCGCAGAGUCGCAGUGCUGCUAACUCCCUUCACACAUCGCAGAGUCGCAGUGCUGCUAACUCCCUUCACACGUCGCAGAGUCGCAGUGCUGCUAACUCCCUUCACACGUCGCAGAGUCGCAGUGCUGCUAACUCGCUCCACACAUCGCAGAGUCGCAGUGCUGCUAACUCGCUCCACACGUUGCAAAGUCGCAGUGCUGCUAACUCCCUUCACACAUCGCAGAGUCGCAGUGCUGCUAACUCGCUCCACACGCCGCAGAGUCGCAGUGCUGCUAACUCCCUUCACACAUGGCUGAGUCGCAGUGCUGCUAACUCCCUUCACACGUCGCAGAGUCGCAGUGCUGCUAACUCCCUUCACACAUCGCAGAGUCGCAGUGCUGCUAACUCCCUUCACACAUCGCAGAGUCGCAGUGCUGCUAACUCGCUCCACGCGUCGCAGAGUCGCAGUGCUGCUAACUCGCUCCACAUGUGGCUGAGUCGCAGUGCUGCUAACUCGCUCCACACGUCGCAGAGUCGCAGUGCUGCUAACUCCCUUCACACGUCGCAGAGUCGCAGUGCUGCUAACUCGCUCCACACGUCGCAGAGUCGCAGUGCUGCUAACUCCCUUCACACAUCGCAGAGUCGCAGUGCUGCUAACUCCCUUCACACAUCGCAGAGUCGCAGUGCUGCUAACUCGCUCCACGCGUCGCAGAGUCGCAGUGCUGCUAACUCGCUCCACACGUGGCUGAGUCGCAGUGCUGCUAACUCCCUUCACACAUCGCAGAGUCGCAGUGCUUCUAACUCCCUUCACACGUCGCAGAGUCACAGUGCUGCUAACUCCCUUCACACAUCGCAGAGUCGCAGUGCUGCUAACUCGCUUCACACAUCGCAGAGUCGCAGUGCUGCUAACUCGCUCCACGCGUCGCAAAGUCGCAGUGCUGCUAACUCCCUUCACACGUCGCAGAGUCGCAGUGCUGCUAACUCGCUCCACACGUCGCAGAGUCGCAGUGCUGCUAACUCCCUUCACACGUCGCAGAGUCGCAGUGCUGCUAACUCGCUCCACACUCGCAGUGCUGCUAACUCGCUCCACACGUCGCAGAGUCGCAGUGCUGCUAACUCGCUCCACACGUCGCAGAGUCGCAGUGCUGCUAACUCGCUCCACACGCCGCAGAGUCGCAGUGCUGCUAACUCCCUUCACACGUCGCAGAAUCGCAGUGCUGCUAACUCGCUCCACACGCCGCAGAGUCGCAGUGCUGCUAACUCGCUCCACACGUCGCAGAGUCGCAGUGCUGCUAACUCGCUCCACACGCCGCAGAGUCGCAGUGCUGCUAACUCCCUUCACACGUCGCAGAGUCGCAGUGCUGCUAACUCGCUCCACACGUCGCAGAGUCGCAGUGCUGCUAACUCGCUCCACACGCCGCAGAGUCGCAGUGCUGCUAACUCGCUCCACACGUCGCAGAGUCGCAGUGCUGCUAACUCGCUCCACACGUCGCAGAGUCGCAGUGCUGCUAACUCGCUCCACACGUCGCAGAGUCGCAGUGCUGCUAACUCGCUCCACACGUCGCAGAGUCGCAGUGCUGCUAACUCCCUUCACACGUCGCAGAGUCGCAGUGCUGCUAACUCGCUCCACACGUCGCAGAGUCGCAGUGCUGCUAACUCGCUCCACACGCCGCAGAGUCGCAGUGCUGAAACUCGCUCCACACGUCGCAGAGUCGCAGUGCUGCUAACUCGCUCCACACGUCGCAGAGUCGCAGUGCUGCUAACUCGCUCCACACGCCGCAGAGUCGCAGUGCUGCUAACUCGCUCCACACGUCGCAGAGUCGCAGUGCUGCUAACUCGCUCCACACGUCGCAGAGUCGCAGUGCUGCUAACUCGCUCCACACAUCGCAGAGUCGCAGUGCUGCUAACUCCCUUCACACGUCGCAGAGUCGCAGUGCUGCUAACUCGCUCCACACGUCGCAGAGUCGCAGUGCUGCUAACUCGCUCCACACGCCGCAGAGUCGCAGUGCUGCUAACUCCCUUCACACGUCGCAGAGUCGCAGUGCUGCUAACUCGCUCCACACGUCGCAGAGUCGCAGUGCUGCUAACUCGCUCCACACGCCGCAGAGUCGCAGUGCUGCUAACUCGCUCCACACGUCGCAGAGUCGCAGUGCUGCUAACUCGCUCCACACGUCGCAGAGUCGCAGUGCUGCUAACUCGCUCCACACGCCGCAGAGUCGCAGUGCUGCUAACUCGCUCCACACGCCGCAGAGUCGCAGUGCUGCUAACUCGCUCCACACGUCGCAGAGUCGCAAGUCGCAGUGCUGCUAACUCGCUCCACACGUCGCAGAGUCGCAGUGCUGCUAACUCGCUCCACACGUCGCAGAGUCGCAGUGCUGCUAACUCGCUCCACACGCCGCAGAGUCGCAGUGCUGCUAACUCCCUUCACACGUCGCAGAGUCGCAGUGCUGCUAACUCGCUCCACACGUCGCAGAGUCGCAGUGCUGCUAACUCGCUCCACACGUCGCAGAGUCGCAGUGCUGCUAACUCGCUCCACACGCCGCAGAGUCGCAGUGCUGCUAACUCCCUUCACACGUCGCAGAGUCGCAGUGCUGCUAACUCCCUUCACACGUCGCAGAGUCGCAGUGCUGCUAACUCCCUUCACACGUCGCAGAGUCGCAGUGCUGCUAACUCGCUCCACACGUCGCAGAGUCGCAGUGCUGCUAACUCGCUCCACACGCCGCAGAGUCGCAGUGCUGCUAACUCGCUCCACACGUCGCAGAGUCGCAGUGCUGCUAACUCGCUCCACACGUCGCAGAGUCGCAGUGCUGCUAACUCGCUCCACACGUCGCAGAGUCGCAGUGCUGCUAACUCCCUUCACACAUCGCAGAGUCGCAGUGCUGCUAACUCCCUUCACACGUCGCAGAGUCGCAGUGCUGCUAACUCGCUCCACACGUCGCAGAGUCGCAGUGCUGCUAACUCGCUCCACGCGUCGCAAAGUCGCAGUGCUGCUAACUCGCUCCACACGUCGCAGAGUCGCAGUGCUGCUAACUCCCUUCACACAUCGCAGAGUCGCAGUGCUGCUAACUCCCUUCACACGUCGCAGAGUCGCAGUGCUGCUAACUCGCUCCACACGUCGCAGAGUCGCAGUGCUGCUAACUCGCUCCACACGUCGCAGAGUCCCAGUGCUGCUAACUCGCUCCACACGUCGCAGAGUCGCAGUGCUGCUAACUCCCUUCACACAUCGCAGAGUCGCAGUGCUGCUAACUCCCUUCACACGUCGCAGAGUCGCAGUGCUGCUAACUCGCUCCACACGUCGCAGAGUCGCAGUGCUGCUAACUCGCUCCACACGUCGCAGAGUCGCAGUGCUGCUAACUCCCUUCACACAUCGCAGAGUCGCAGUGCUGCUAACUCCCUUCACACAUCGCAGAGUCGCAGUGCUGCUAACUCGCUCCACACGUCGCAGAGUCGCAGUGCUGCUAACUCCCUUCACACAUCGCAGAGUCGCAGUGCUGCUAACUCGCUCCACACGUCGCAGAGUCGCAGUGCUGCUAACUCGCUCCACACGUCGCAGAGUCGCAGUGCUGCUAACUCGCUCCACAUGUGUCGCAUUAGAAGCACAGCAGCUCCUGCAUAA